UGUUCCUCUUAAUUUUCAAGUCUGAACCGGUGGCCAACUGAUCUCCCCUCGUUCAGUUUUUUCUCAUUCAGCUCUCAUGGGCUUUGCUGGUGAGCCGAAGAGCAGAAACCCAAAUUCGAAGUUUGCCGGAGAAAGUGAAACUCUUGAUCAAACGCGUUAUUGAAUUCCACCCAGUUCAAUGUCCUUCGGCCUUUCUGGUGUAGACCUGGCCCGAGUUGUCAUAUGGAAUCCUUGUCUUUUGACAAGAAGCUUAGAGAAAUGCAUAAUUCCUUGUUAUGAUAUCCUUAAAAGUGUACUUAUCCUUGAUGAAAAAGUUGCUAAGUUCUUUGGUCGCUCAUCGUGGAUAUUGCUGGACAAUGUGCAGAAGAACUUUGCUGUCAAUGUCUCCGUCUUGAGAGCACUGGGAGUACCACAGUCCUUUAUUUCUGUAUUGAUAACCUGCCAUCCGUAUGUUGCCUGCCGUAAAACUAGCAUGUUUGAGAAAGAUGUUGAGAAGGUCGUUAAUAUGGGAUUUAACCCUUUAAAGAUGAUAUUUAUAACUGCUUUACAUGUGAUUUCUUGUGUGGGUGAAUCGUCAUGGGCACAGAAGAAGGAAAUAUAUAAGCAGUGUGGCUGGACAGAAAAUGAUUUCUUGACAGCGUUUAGAAAGGAUCCCAUGUUUAUGGCAUUAUCGAAGAAGAAUUUUAGGAGUAAAAUGGAUGUUUUUGUAAACAAAAUGGGUUUGCAGCCUGCAGACGUGGCUAGAGUUCCAAGUAUUCUAAAAUAUAGUUUGGAGAAGAGGAUCAUUCCAAGAUGUUCUGUUAUCAAAGUCCUACUCGCCAAGGGCUUGAUGAAAGAAAAACCUGCCUUGUCUUAUGUGCUGAUAGAACCUGAUGAAGCCUUUAUGAACAGGUUUGUGAAAAAACAUCAAGAAAAUGUGCCUCUUCUGUUGGAUAUCUUCCAUGGGAAAUCGUCUUUUCUGUAACUGUGCUUUGGAUUUGAAUAAUUAUAGCAUCAGCCAUUUCUUAUUGAAUUGAGUCCCAAGUCCCAACUUCAUUAUUUCUAUAUGCUGAACCAAUUCCUGAAGUUUUGCUUAGCAAUACUGAGUGUUUUCCUCCUUUACAUUUGAAGUGUAUAAUCUUGUCUAUCAAACUUGAAUUUAAAAUGUGAAAAAAAAACACUCUCUAUAUUUUUUCCA